CCGCAGCGUGCAACGUUCGUCAAAUAGCUCCGUGGCUCAAGCAAGCUUGCCGAAACUGUUCGACGAAGAUUUUGUUCGGUCAUUUUUGUUUUGGGUUUUUUUGGGUUUUUUUUGUAAAUUCUUAGCGACUGCAGCAAUUCUCUUGUCAAACAUACAAACCGGACAAUCUACAAGCGCAAAAUUGGGGCAAAUUGAGCUGGGCAUUUGUGUGUGUGGAGACUCUUAGAAGAACAAUUUUGUGGUUAAGGUAAAAAGGCGAAUGCUGCAGGACACCAUGGAAUUACUCUGGCGAGUCUGCGUAACGUGGAUAAUGUCGCUGCUUUUCGUCCACUCGGCAUUCUCAACAAGUAAGGUUCUGUAUUCCUGUACUUUUGAAGAUGUUUCCAGUUGCUGGUUGAACGUGGAAGCAGCACGGUUGACCUGGAUGAUUGGAGGUCACCGGACUGACCCGAGUGGUCAAGGGCCACCCGCUGACCACACCUGGGGCACCGAAGUGGGUAAAUAUGUUUACACCAGGUCUGAAGACAAGGUGGUAGGCACGCCACUGGUUCGGAAGCUGACCUCGGCACACUUUCAACUCGCCAUCGGUGAGGGCGUGCUCUCCUUCUACUUCUUCCUGUGGGGGUCCCCCGGCAACACUUUGAACGUAUACGCCGAGUGCAACAGCGACAUGUCGCUGAUCUGGGGCUAUGGGUCUUCGACUGGUCUGAUGAACAGCUGGACAAGAGCAGAAGCGCUGGUACUCUGCAACGACAGCUUCACGAUUAUCUUCCAAAGCAUUCACAACUUCAACAACAGUUUCAUUGCUGUGGACGACAUCACUUUGAACGGCAAAGAAACAGAUUCUCUCGUGUCAGUGAAAACACCUACGACCGGUACAAAUGUUGCGACAGAGGAUGUCGUGAAAGAGCCCUCUGUGACCCCUGACGUGACCUCCGAGUCGCCGCAGGUUCACAUGAAUACUAUGCCGACUGGUGGCGUUUACAACCAGCCUCAAGGUACAAUGACGUUGUCCAUAAUCCUGUUUCUUCUGGCCCUGCUGUUCAUGAUUGUCAGCCUCACCGUGCAUUGCUACAUCUGGCACAAGAGGAAGAAAUGUGCUGUGAGGAUGAGAACAAAGCAAAUAAACGUACACAACUCUGGCUACAGCUGCCCAGUUCACAGCACACACCUCCCCAAAGUGGUCGUGCAUAGUGAAGAUUACAAGAUGCCGACGACCAGGAAAUCAGAGCUGAAGCACGGCCUGCAAGCCGAGAAGCCGUCCGUCAAGAGCACCGAGAGCGGGACUGUGGCGAACGGUGGGCUCCCGAGCAGCAUUGCUCUGCCCAUCCUGCGAGGCCGCAGCAAAACGGUGCCCAAUAAACGGAGCUUUGAGCAUUACGAGGCCAUCGAGAUGGGCAGCGACAGCGACGAGGACAGUGAGAAGGGCAAGAGAGUGCUGAGUGCCACUGGGAACAAAAGGAAGAAGGGGUUCGUCGGGAAGGCUCGCCACUUCACCCGCAGCAACUCCCUGCCCACCUCCCCGGGAAACGAUUUUUACGAGUCCAUCGACCACAGCCGCAUCAACCCGGCUCCCUUGGCCUACCAAGUGACCGAUCUCCUGCCCAGCCUAUCCAGCACAAACACCCUGGUGGAUGAACUUCAAGACACCCGCUCUUCCAUUGGUUCCAUCCCUAGCAUCCAGAGCAACCAUCUCAAGCCGCCCAUGCUGUAUGACAACUUGGAAAGGAAGUCCCCCCUGCUGUCACAACCGUCCCGCCACUCUCCCACCAGCAGCAACUACACGCCUCCGUCUCUCCUGAACCUGUCCGGGUCGCAGUGCAACGUGGCGUCGCUCUACGACACAGUGUCGACCUCCCAGGCCGAUGCCUCCUCCCUCUCGUCGUACGACACGCCCACUGUCCACAUGGACUCCUCGCCACAGGUCAAUCCUUUCUUUCAGUCAGUGCAGCCAAGCGAGAUGUACAACGCGCUCAACCGGCAUCCUAGGCCUAACACGCCGCCGGUCAUCGGGGAUGGAUCGCUUACCCCAAGCCCGCCUUCACCGGCGGUGUUCCGGCCAUCGGCCUACCAGAUGCCACAACCGAAGCCCAAGGACUGCCCCCCUCAGCAAAAUGAGUAUCACACGCUUGAUCCGGACGCGAUAUCUGAUACCAGUUUCGAGAAGCCAGUGUCGGUGGACAGUGAAACGGCUUACGAAAGUCCUCAGACUAAAACACUUCAACAAGUGAAAAGCGAGUCAAGUCACGACUACGAGGACUUAGACUGAGCAACUUGCCUUUCCCUCUGUGUUAUCUCUGAAUGGAUGCAUUCCUGAGAUUCAGUUGAUGUAAUGCCAAUGACUAUGAAAUUCAGUAGUUUCAAAGAUGGCAGAUAAGUCAACCAGAAGUGUAUGUAUAGUUCAAACGCACAAAGCAGCUCAAUUUUGUGAGUUCGGUUUUUAAAUUUUAAAGAUUUGUACACAGAUGAACACCGUAAUUUUUUGUAAAAUGCGCACCUUGACGAAUGUUUUUGUGAUUGCGCUGUAAAUAAAGUGGACAUUUUUGACUGAAAUAGAGGAGUUUCCAGGUCAGUUCGACUGGGAAAGCUAGAUUAAACUCUUUGAAAGACAUAAGCACCGUUCCUUUUCACAACUGUAAGGCCUUAGCGAAUAUUUUUAGAGAUGCGGUUCGCACUGAAUUCUAAAUACAGUAGCAAGAUGAUGGAAUCGGUGCACGUCAUAUUUCUAUGACUUAUCGUCACCACUCUUCGUUUUAGCCACAACAUACGUCAAUCUAGCAUGGGCAAGAGGUCACAGGGUGUGAAUGAAAGCAAUGGGAUGAAAUAUAUUUUGUGUAAAAAAGUUUUCCUACUCAGGGGGACAAGUGACGGGGAAGGUUCUUGUCUUCAAAUAAGAAGCACUUAUUUCGUUCUUUCGUUAGUUGCUGCAGAGGAGUGCAUUGGUGCAGUCCCAAGAUCCGAUGCUCCUUUAGCAUAAAGGAAAUGAGGAGACAUCAUUUCUAACUUCUAACUUUAUGGUGAAACUGACUACUGUUUAUCUGUUUAUGUUCAUCCAAAAGCGCAUUCAGCGCCAACUACAAGACGAAGUGAAGAUGUAUUCAAUUUUUAGAGGUGGGAGGAAAACCAUGGAUAAUAUGUUCCAGGGAAAACCCAGACAUUCAGACAGAGACUGAAAACCCAAUCCACAUGCUGACCUUGGUGGGAUUCGAACCCGGGUCGAGGAGGUGGAAGGCGAAGAAAGAGCCACUGCACACCAAGCUGACUCUCAGCGCUUAUAGACCUACAUGUUUGUGGAAGGCUGCGUCAGAAUCUAAGGUCAGUGUCGUUGGUUGUUUCAUUUCUUCCGUGCUGAGGCGAACUUUCAUGAGGAAAAUAAAGCUCUGAAGUUUUUCCCUUUCUGUACGUAAUCGAGAUGGUUGACUCCAGAUUUUCUGUCACUUCUGCUGUGCUGAACUGGUCUGUAUUUUAGUGGGUUUGGAGUAACAGAACCAGAUCCUAAAGGUUUCUAUGAAAUCGGGGGAAAAAUGUUUCAGCCGGUGUUAAGGGUGGGUAACAACAUUAAAAAAACUGAGGAACGAUUAUGUAAAUACCGGUGUUUCACAAUAGUGCGCCUCCAAGAGUUUGUAACGUGUUGACCAAUCACCUUGUGCGACAUCUGUCGACCUAAUGCACGUUUGGAAAGGGUCGACAGAUGUCGCGCCUUAUGAUUGGUGAACGCUUUGCAAACUCUUGGAGGCGCACUGUACUAUUGUGAAACGCCCGUAUUGUCCAAGGCCGUACUUU